AUGAGUCGUUGUUUGAGGCUUAACUUUCCCGGGCCUAAUCCUAAGCAGCAAGUGCCUACGGCGGCCGCCUGGCGCGGGAAGCCGCUGCCGAGGAGCAGGCCGACUGCGGAUGGGCAGGCGCGCGGCGGCACUGGCGGGCAGGGUGGUGCCGUCGUUGUGCGUGAUAAAAACGGGGCAAUCGAGGCCGAACUGGGCCACGGCGUGCUGGAACGAAUGGAUGGUGCGGCGGGCGAAAGCCAGGAUGGACGCAUUAAGGAUCGCGGCGUUUUCGCGCUCGAAAAAUCCAAUGUUGGUCACGUUUUUGGAAAUAACUACGUCGGCGUCGGGGCAAACGCGGCGAGCGAUGGCCGCGGCGGUCUCUUCCUGCCGGUGGACCACGUCGAUGGGGUUAAAAACGCCGAUAAUGGCGAUGCUUUUAAUGCCUUUAUUUCCGAUUUCCCCGCACGCGGCCGCCAUUUGGGCCUCGUCCAGCUCCGCGAUUAG